AUGUCUGUACCAUCAUCUGUUCUCAUCGUUGGAUCUGGAGUUUUUGGCCUGGGAACAGCGUACGGUCUGGCAUUGAGACCAGAGUACAAGAAUACCAAGAUCACUGUCCUUGAAAGAGUGCCCUUCCCCGCUCCAGAUGGCUCAUCAAUCGAUUCCUCGCGGAUCAUCAGAGCCGACUAUGCGAGCUUACCGUAUGCUCAGUUCAUGGCUGAAACAAUGCCUUACUGGAGAGGCGAAUGGGGAGAGGAGGGUCGAUACUCUCAGAGUGGCCUUGCACUAGUCACUGAGAACAAGCCCGGAUCCGAUGAUGCCACCAGGUUCUUGAACGAAGUUGUGAAGAACAUCACGGAGCAGUUGGGAUUGAAAGUAGGGAGGAAGGAGGACGGAGCAGAUGUGACUCUCUUCCAGGACCGAGAAGGCGCCAAGCAAGCGACUGGUGCCAAAGGAGGCUACAUUGGCGACAAAGGCAUGGUGAACUGGACGUCUGGAUGGGCCCACGCUGAAGAUGGCAUCAAAUAUAUGAGGAAGAAGAUCGAAGCGUUAGGCCGAGUCCAAUUCCGAACCGCAGAAGUGAAACGACUUCUUUUCAACAGCUCCAACGUAGAAGGCGUCGAGCUCGUCAACGGUGAACACAUCACAGCCGAGCUCACAGUUCUCGCCACCGGCGCCUGGACACCUAAACUCAUCGACCUGCGAGGCAUCGCUAGCGCAACCGGCCAAGUCCUCACCUACAUCGACAUAACCAAGGAAGAAGAAGACCGUCUCGCCGCCCCAGACCAGCCCGUCCUCCUCUGCGAACACGACGGGAUGUUCAUAAUCCCACCACGAAACCGCGUCCUCAAAGUCGCCCGACACGGCUACGGCUACGCCAACCCAGUCACAAUCCCCAACCCAGAGAACCCGUCCGAAAAGAUAACAGUCUCCCUACCACGCACCAAACUCGACGACCCCAACAUGGAAAUCCCCGCCGAAGGCGCCGCAGUCUGCCGCGACUUCCUCCGCAGGGCGAUCCCCUCCCUCGGCGACAGGCCCUUCACAUACACGCGGAUCUGCUGGUAUACCGACACUCCGACGGGCGACUGGCUGAUCACCUACCACCCAAAAUACAAAGGGCUCUUCGUAGCGACAGGUGGCUCUGGACAUGCAUAUAAGUUUCUGCCGACAAUCGGGGAGAGGAUCGUGGAUGUCAUGCAAGGGCGGGAUCGGGAUGCGCUUGGGGUGGAGAUGAGGAGGCGGUGGAGGUGGCCGGAGCAGAGGGCGAAGGUGGAUCAUGUUUGGACGGAUGAUUGGAGAGGGGAGGGGAGGAAGGGGAUGGUUUUGGAUGAGGAGUAUAAGAAGGGGGUGAGGGCGGAGGGGAGUAGGUUGUGA